CGCCCCCUGGCGCGGGACCGCGAGCGGCGGCGGCGGUGGCAAUGGCGGCGAUGGCGGCCGGGGCGCUGGAUCGCGGAGAACCCGGCGAACCCAAGGCGGGCCGCCGAGCCCUGUACUUCUGCGGGAGCAUACGCGGCGGACGCGAGGACCAGGCUGUGUACGCGCGUAUCGUAUCGCGGCUCAGGCGCUUCGGGACGGUGCUCACUGAGCACGUAGCGGCCGCCGAGCCGGACACGCGCGGGGAAGAGGCUGCUGGGGGUGACAGGCUCAUCCACGAGCAGGACCUGGCCUGGCUGCAGCAGGCAGAUGUGGUUGUGGCAGAAGUGACCCAGCCGUCCUUGGGUGUGGGCUAUGAGCUAGGCCGUGCUGUGGCCCUCAGUAAGCAAAUCCUGUGCCUGUUCCGUCCGCAGUCUGGCCGAGUGCUUUCAGCCAUGAUCCGGGGAGCAGCAGACGGCUCAAAGUUCCAGGUGUGGGACUAUGAAGAGGGAGAGGUGGAGGCCAUGCUGGAUAGAUACUUUGAGGCUGACCCUCGCUAGCUGGCGACUGCCUCCCCCAACCCAGCUGCUUGACUUAACCCCACUUUAUUAGUCUUCUAAUCCCAGACUUCUGCCUCUUAGCCCUGGUACCAAAUUAAAAGGUAUGUUUAGAAUUCUA